UUCAGAGUUAUAGCAGUUACAAUGAUUCAAAGAAACAUACACAUUUAAAAUAAAAUAGGCCUACUCUUGGAUACCAAGUAACUCUACUAACCGAAUAUACCGCAUUCUGAGCAAAAGUUAAUAAAGCACUAACGUUACAAAUAAAACUAAACGACUCUCUUCAGUAUUAAUCCGCGAGUCACUCUCGGUGCAAUAGUCCUCCGUUUCACCACAUUAUUACACAAAACAGUAAAAAGAGAGAACUUGUGUUAAUAUUUAUAUUCUCCGACAAAAAGAUGAAUCGAUCCGGAAACAUUACCAAACACAUCGAGACUUCGAUCGCUCGUCUUUUCUCUUUGACCGAUAAAUGAGUUCCGGCCACCUAUGAGUACAGGAAGCGAGGAGACGUUGAUGGCGCCCGACUAGAAACCAGUAGCAGCUAAUCGCUUUCAAAUAUCUUUUUUAUUUCGUCUUAUUCGCAACGACGAGGAGUAAAACGGUUAUCAACACACGGUAAGAAAAAUAUUCCUGCUCUAAAUAUUAAAAACAAAACUUCUUAAUUAUAUGUAUUUGCAUGAUGAGCUAGAGAAAAACAUUCGGGCAUACUAGCUGUUCCCUGCUCGCUUAGGCCCUCGAGGUCCCCGAGCGGUUCUUCAUAUCGCCUGAGCGGAAAAAACUCAACUGCGGGAAGGAAAAUGGCGCUCAGCGAGCAGGCAGGACGAAGGGCAGCACAAACACGCGUAUAAUAGAGAGAGGUUGAGACUUGAACAAAAGCCACAUAGCUCAUUGUGCCACAGAACUAAGAUGGAUUCUGAGGACAUGGAGGUUGAAAGCAGCAGUGAUGUUGGGCAUUCUGGGAUGGAGGAGCCAUCAGAGAGUGGGAUGGGGAUGGAAUCUUCAGAAGCCAUGUCUGCUGAUAGCAGUGAUGCAGCUACAGCUCAGGCACCAGAAUCGGACUGCCAUGUUGGACAGAGUUCUGAGGGAAUUGUGGUCUUUAUCCCAGAGACAAGCUCUAGCACCGAUGUGCGAAGGGUUCAUCUACCUGACUCGUCUUCCGUCGCCCAGUCAACCAGCGUGUCCAGCGUUUCCACGGUCACACAGUCAGUCCUGGUGUCAGAGUCGGUCCAGGUGAUGGUGCAUUCCAGCGCUGUGUCUGAAGGAGGAAUGAUGGUUUCUGAUUCCACUGCCUCCACCUCUUCAGAUCUCGGUUCGGCCAUUGACAAGAUCAUUGAGUCCACUAUUGGACCAGACAUUAUAAAUGGAUGUAUUGCAGUUACGAGUGCUGAGGACGGCAGUGCAGAAACUACACAGUAUCUGAUACUCCAAGGACCAGAUGAUGGAGCUCCUAUGGUCGGUCAGAUGUCUUCCUCUGCGCUUUCGAGUCGCAUUGCCAUCGAAGCCCUAUCUGAUGGCCCCACCUCUACCUGUCUGGAUCAACCUGGACACUCCGGUUACCGUGACCACGAAGAUGGCAGCAGCAGUAGCUGCCCUGACCAGCCCCAGCGCUCCCAGUACAUGGAGUGCAAUGGAAGGGAUGACCCAGAUCAGACCAGGGAGGCCCGAUACAUUGAAUGCUCUGGAGCAGAACCAGAUCAGACCCCACUUCAUUCUGACUACAGUGUGGCUGAGUGCAGCGGUAUGAACAGCAGCCUUCAGAGAUGCUCAUUCCGAUCGUCCCGCUACGUUGUGGAGUGCAGUGACAGGUACUUGGAAUGUGGCGCAGAGGGGGAAGAGCGUCCACAACAUUCACGUUACAUAGACAGCAGCAUGGAUGACAGGGAGCACGUCUCUGCCUCGGAGCAAGAGGCCGGUGUGGCAGAGGAGCCCCAGCAUUCUUACAUGCUCCAGGGCUCACUGUAUUCAGAUGAGGGUGCUGUUCAGCACUCACUGGCUGACACGGUGGGUUCCCAGCUCGCCGAUCAGAUGGAUUGCAACGAUAGCUUAGCCGGGACAUAUAUUAGUAGCAGCGGGACAUAUUCCGGCCAACUAGAGGCUGUGGAGGUGCAGUCUGGGGUGGUGGAUGAGCCAGGGAAUAGAACCCCAAACAUGGCGGAAUUGGAGGAAAUGAUGGAGGUGGUCAUCGUUCAACAGUUCAAGUGCAAGAUGUGCCCAUAUAAAAGUGUAUCCAAAGACACGCUUAUCAACCACAUGAGAGACAAGCAUUUUAGACAAGCAGGUGCUUCUCCUCCAAAGAAGCGUGGACGGGGUCGUCCACGAAAAUCUGAAAGCAAGGCACAGGCAGUAAUCGAAGUUAAAAAGGAGGAGCCACCAGAAGAAGAAGAUGAUGACAUAGUUGAUGCAGGUGCCAUUGAUGAUCCUGAAGCGGACAGUGAUUAUAAACCAGCUGAUGAAGAGCCCAAGCCCAGAUUAGCUGCGAAUCAUUGCAAACCUCCUCCUACCUGUUCUUCUUCAUCUUCCUCUACCUCACGAAGACGGCCCCGCAGGAUGGUGGGUCCACCUCGCAAAUUCCUCAGUUACUCAGAGACACCAGAAGGGUCUCAACCCGGCAAUGCAGCGGACCCUCAAACUCCUGAAGAGGCAAGCUCUUCUGGAUUGGAGAAUGGAACUCUGUCAUCCAAUGGGACUGUAGCUGAGCCAGGUGUCAGCCAAUCAGAUUCAGAGAACAAAGAUCCCUCAUCAAACACAGGCACAGAUGAUGCAGAUUUUUUGCCAAGGAAAAGAGGACGUCCUUCUAAACGUUUCCUCCAAAAGAAGUACAAAAAGUACAUGAAUCGCAGUAAAUACUACAGAACUCUCAAGCCUCUGCUAAGGCCUCAUAACUGCUGGAUAUGUGGCUCCCGCUUUCUGUCGCAAGAGGAUCUCAGAUUCCAUGUGGAUUCUCAUGAGGGAAAGGACCCUGAACGUUUCAAGUGCCUGCAGUGCAGCUAUCGCUGCAAGCGUUGGUCCUCACUGAAGGAGCACAUGUUCAACCAUGAAGGUUCAAAACCGUAUAAGUGUGAGGUGUGCGAUUACUCCAGCGUGUAUAAGAAGGAUGUGAUUCGGCACUCAGCAGUCCACAACAAAAACAAGAGUCGAAAAAUAGACGUGGUUCCCAGAAUGUCUGAGUUUCCGUGUCCCAUCUGCCGCCGUGUGUAUCCCAUGCAGAAACGUCUCACGCAGCACAUGAAGUCACACAGCACAGAUAAACCUCACAUGUGCGACAAGUGCGGGAAAUCCUUCAAGAAACGCUACACUUUUAAAAUGCAUCUUCUUACGCAUAUACAGAAUUGCGGCAACAGUUUGUUUAAAUGUGAGUUCUGCGAAUACAUCUGCAAUGACAAGAAGCACUUGCUUAACCACCAGCUGUCCCAUACAAACGACAAACCUUUCAAAUGUGAGGAGUGCAAAUACUCCACGAGUAAAGAGGAGUUCCUGGUGUCCCACAUUGCCAUUAAACACACAGGUGAAAAGCCUUUCUCCUGUGACAUGUGCCACUUCACGACCAGACACAGGAAGAACCUGCGGCUACAUAUCCAGUGUCGUCACCCCGAAACUUUUGAAGAGUGGAAUCAGACGCACCCGGAGGAGCCCAUCCGUCGCCGUCAGAGACCCGCUUUCACCGUGCAGCAGAUCGAAGAGCUUCGAUUGCAGCAUGAAACACAGGGGCUUCAGGGAACAGUGGUCUCAGUAGACCCCAUCACUCUCCAGACAAUGGAGUCCAUGGGAAAUACAUCUGUAUCCCAAGAUGCACUGGGUAACACUACCAUCAUCUAUGAGCAAGCCCAGACGACAGACCUCUCAGCACAAAAUGCUCUAGAUCUACUGCUUAACAUGAGUAAUGCCAGAGAACUACAGGUGGCGGUUCUUAAAACAGACGGCAAGACUCUGGAGACAGGCACGUGGUCCACAGCUAGCUCUGGGGGUCAGGGGUCAUCCCUGCAGUCUCAGAAGAUUGUGACCUUCCAUGUGUCAGAAAACGGUGACACCCUGGUGCAGGAGGCGUUCGAGACGGCCACCGGGACCGUGGAGCAAGAGGAGGCAGCCGAUGGUUCGCAAAUCGGCAUCGAGACAUAUGAGACGACAGAUUUCAGCGUGGUGGAACAGUCUGAGGAGAUUCCUGCCCCUGGAGCACCACACAGCAGUUUAGAGGAACCCUCAGCAGAGCCUCAGGUCAUGGAAGUAAGCACAGAAUCUUUGUCCAUCUCUACACCUCUGAAGGAAAACAAAGAGAAGUUUUACCUGAGCUCAGAAGAAGUCCUUCAGCAGGUUGAGCUGAGCAGUGAAGCUCCAGGCUCCCCCUCCCUGUGUCCAUCACCUCUUCAGCAGCUCAGUCACAAACGCUUCUCCUGUCGGAUAUGCAUGGAGACUUUCCAGGGCCGCUCGGACAUGGAGAACCACAGGAGGGCGCACAUAGACCCUAAAACAUUUAAAUGCCCUGACUGUGAAUUCACAGCUCCCUCUUGGCAGGAGGUCAAGUCACACAUGGCCAUGCACGCAUAUUUGAGGCCUCAUAAAUGCACUAGCUGCAGUUUCGCCUCCAAAAACAAGAAGGACCUGAGACGUCACAUGAUGACACACACCAACGAGAAGCCUUUUGCCUGUCAGAUGUGCGGACAGAGGUUUAACCGAAACGGUCACCUGAAGUUCCACAUGGAGAGGCUUCACAGUCAGGAACCUUCGCCUCGCAAAACCCACUCUGUUUCCUCGCAGCAAACCAUCAUCGUCAACAGUGAUGAAGAGGCUUUAGCCACACUACAGAAUCUGCAGGCGGGUCAGACACUGAUCAGUCCAGAGAGGUUGCAGCAGGCUUUGGGUCAGGAGCACAUUAUUGUAGCCCAAGAUCAGGCGCUUUCUGACCAGGAGGAGGCGACAUACAUUCAGCAGAUCACAACAGUAGAUGGUCAGACGGUACAGCACUUAAUGUCUGGAGACAAUCAGGUCACUGAGGUCCAGUAUAUAAUCUCUCAGGACGGAGUUCAGCACUUAAUCCCACGGGAAUAUGUUGUGGUUUCUGAUGGAAAUCAUAUUCAGAUGGAGGAUGGACAGAUUGCUCACAUUCAGUAUGAGCAUGAUGGGACGUUUCUGCAGGAGCAGCAGAUUGCUCUGUCUCAUGAUGGACAGAUCCAGUAUGUCCCCAUCACUACAGAACAGCAGGUUGUCGCCCCUGAAGACCUGGAGGCAGCAGCCCAUUCUGCCGUCACCGCUGUUGCAGAUGUAGCCAUGGCUCAGGCACAGACGGUUUACACAGAGGCCACACCUGAACAACUGGAACAACUGCAACAACAAGGCAUCCAGUAUGAUGUCAUUACUUUUACUGAGGAGUAGAAACUACACACACAGUAUGAAUUCAUCAUCAACACACAUACUCGCAGUGUCUCCAGUGGACUCGAUAACGUCAGCUAGAGUAUACAACACAAAGCUGAUUCACUGAUUCAGACGUUUGUUUCUUCAGAAUUGUUUAGUAAGAGGGUGAAUGUACAGUUAAACGCACGCUGCAAAUUACACAAAUAAUGCCUGUAAAUAUUUAAAGCAGUUUAUCUUUGCAUGCGUACGGUGUUUUGCUUUGGAAAGGAACAGAACAGCAGCUUGUACAAAAUAUUCUGUAUUUAAUUCUACAUUUGCUUUGAUGCAUGGAAGCGGAUGCUACACCUCUUCGAAUGAGACAAAAAGUUGAAACCAUGCGGAUUGAGGAUUUAGUUUAUUCGUGAUACGGUUCCUAGCUGUAUUGCUUGUACAAAAUGUUUAUUAUUGGUUUCUUUUUAUGUGAACCAUACUGUUUCAUCUUUAGGUUUUCAGUUUUUUAAAGAUACCUUUGUUUCAGAUGGAUAGAGAACGGAACGUACAUACCAAAUAAAUUACAACAUGAGCUUUUACAUUCAAGUAUUUCUGCUUUUCAUUAAAUUCAGUACAGCAAUACAAAUGUUCUGACAAUCUACAAUAACUUUAUUGAGUGGUUGUGAACAAUUCAAGUGAAGAUAAAAGCAGAAUGUAAAUAUGUAUUGCAUACCAAACAUUAAAGAAAAAGUCUGUAUUAGACACAAUUUAAUGUC